CGAUGAGACGAGCUCUGUCGACCGGGGAGGACAUGGCCGAGCGACGGCGCCGGAUGAAGGACGAGGCAAAGUGCGGACACAGUCACCAGCAUAGCUACGACAACAGCGCGGUGACGACGGCGGCGGCGACAACGAGCAAACUCAGGCCGGUCACGACGCGCAGAGGAUAGGGUAAAAAGAAAGGUUAAAAAAAAUUUCCAUCUCCCAGGACCAUCAUUUCCGAGAGGGAUCCGUUGGGAGAAGUCCGCGGGAUCGAGAGCCGGGACGUGGAGGGGACAUUCGCCUUUGCUGUCUCCAACACGCUAAAACGUCACAGGCUCAGACGGAAAAAUUGCCCCACGUCAAUCUGCUCGACUCGGGGCUUCAGCGUUGGUGGGCGACAUUUCCUCAACACCACAAACCCUUAACGCUCUCUCUCACUCUCUACAUCGCUCUCGCUCGCCAACUCACGCAUCCAAGCAACCCACCACCUUUCCAUCCACCCUCUUCUGCUCGUUCUUCCGUCAGUAGACCUUGUUGGGAACUCUCGACUCACACAAGAUGGGCUACGGCAAGAUUGAUGAGCUGGCGAUAAAUACAAUCAGAACGUUGGCCGUCGAUGCCACGUUCAAGGCCAACUCUGGCCAUCCUGGUGCCCCCAUGGGCAUGGCCCCCGUAGCACAUGUCCUGUUCAACAAGUUCAUGACAUUCAACCCGAAGAACCCAAGCUGGAUCAACCGGGAUAGAUUUGUGCUUUCAAACGGUCAUGGUUGCAUGCUGCAAUACGCACUUCUCCACCUCUUCGGCUACGACGUCUCGAUGGAAGACCUCAAGAACUUCCGUCAGGUCGACAGCAUCACCCCGGGUCAUCCAGAAUCGCACGACACCCCGGGCGUCGAGGUAACAACCGGCCCAUUGGGUCAGGGUUUCUCUAACGCUGUUGGUCUGGCCAUUGCGCAGGCGCACGCCGCUGCCGAGUUCAACAGAGAGGGCUUCGAGCUGUUCAACAACCACACCUACGUCUUCUUUGGCGAUGGCUGUGCAAUGGAGGGUGUUGCAAGCGAAGCUGCUUCGCUGGCUGGCCACUUGCAGCUCGGCAACUUGAUUGCCAUCUAUGAUGACAACCACAUUUCUAUUGAUGGAGACACUGCCGUUGCAUUCACCGAGGACGUAACAAAGCGCUUCGAGGCUUACGGCUGGCAUACUCUUCAUGUUGAAAAAGGUGACACUGAUCUGGAGGGCAUUGAGGCUGCCAUCAAGGCCGCCAAGGCGGUCACAGACAAGCCAACCAUGAUCAAGCUUACCACAACCAUUGGCUAUGGGUCCACGCUCCAGGGCACCCACGGCGUCCACGGCAACCCGCUCAAGGCGGACGACAUCAAGCAGCUCAAGCAGAAGUUUGGCUUUGACCCCGAGAAGACCUUCUACGUUCCACAAGAGGUGUACGAUGCUUAUCAUAAGCAUGCGGCUGAGGGAGCUGCGGCCGAGGAAGAGUGGAACAAGCUCUUUGCUGCCUACAAGGAGAAGUAUCCAGAACAGCACGCAGAUCUUGCUCGUCGUCUCAGGGGUGAGCUUCCGGAGGGCUGGCAAAAGGCUCUCCCUACGUACACAACGAGCGACAAGGCUGUGGCUUCGCGAAAGCUUUCCGAGACGGUUCUGGAGAAGAUCCACUCCGUCAUUCCAGAGCUGCUGUCCGGAUCUGCCGACUUGACUGGCUCCAACAACACCAGGUGGAAGGAUGCCGUCGACUUCCAGCCCCCAAGCACAAAACUCGGCGACUGGAGCGGUCGGUAUCUGCGCUACGGCGUACGAGAACACGCUAUGGGCGCGGCCAUGAACGGCAUUGCCGCGUACGGCCUGCAUAUCCCAGCGGGUGGUACUUUCCUCAACUUCGUGUCGUACGCAGCCGGAGCCGUUCGCUUGUCCUCACUGUCGCACCAACGCGUCAUCUGGGUCGCUACGCACGACUCCAUCGGCCUCGGCGAGGACGGACCUACCCACCAGCCUAUUGAGACGUUGGCACACUUCCGUGCUUUGCCAAACAUGAUGGUGUGGCGCCCAGCUGACGGUAAUGAGACGUCCGCUGCGUACUACAUGGCACUUACAUCCAAAUCCACGCCGUCGAUCCUUGCCCUGACCCGCCAAAACCUACCGCAGUUGGGCUCAAGUAUCGAGGGUGCCAUCAAGGGCGGCUACGUUCUUGUGGAGGCUGAGGGGGCCGCACUCACACUUGUUUCUACCGGCUCCGAGGUUGCUCUCUGCGUCGACGCCGCAAAGAUCCUUGGGGAGAAGGGCAUCAAGACGCGUGUCGUCUCCAUGCCUUGCGUGGAAGUCUUCGACGCCCAGCCCAAGGAGUACAGACUCUCUGUGCUUCCUGAUGGCAUCCCCUCCAUGUCUGUUGAGGUUAUGAGCACUCUUGGUUGGGAAAAGUACGCUCACGAGCAGUUUGGCCUUAACAGGUUUGGAGCCUCAGGCCCAUACCUGGAGGUGUACAAGAAAUUCGAUUUCACACCCGAGGGUAUCGCGAAGCGCGGCGAGGCGACCGUCAACUUCUGGAAAGAUGUCAAACCGAUUCGCUCUCCGAUCAACCGCGCUUUUACAAACCUGAUCUAGUUUCAUGUGGUUUGGCCAUCAUGGAUAGUAGUCAACACGUCUUCGAGGAUUUAAAAAGAAAUUAGAGAUGAGAACGGACUGAGAAAAGGCGCGAAAGACUGCAGUUACGGCUUCUUUGCUAUGCAUAGACAAACAUAUAGGGACUAAUUCAGACUCCCAAUUCUUCGCUGAAACA